AUGGCCUCAGGAAAGACCCCAAAACCAGACCUGCUGAAGGCUGAGGAGCAGCAGCAAGCGAGCGCUGUCAACCGAGUGACCAGCUUGCCCUUGCUCAACUCUGCCUUCAACCUGGUCUCCUCUGCCUACAACCACACCAAGGAGUCCCACCCUUGCCUCAGUGGUGUCUGCAACGUGGCUGAGACGGUGGCUGCCGUGGCAGUGGGCAGUGUGGUCGGAGGGGCACAGCCCAUCCUGAACCAGCUGGAGCCACACAUUGCACUUGUGAAUGAAUAUGCCUGCAAAGGACUGGAUCAGCUGGAGGAGAACUUGCCCUUCCUUCAGCAGCCAGCAGACAAGGUGCUCUCGGACACCAAGCAGCUGGUUUCCACCAAGGUGACAUCUGCCAUGGACGCCGCCUGUGAGGCCAGAGAAGCCGUGGCUGAUAAAGUCACCGAAGCUGUGGACCUCACCAAAAAUGUGGUUGGGGACAGUGUCAAGCUGACCAGGUCAGUGGUCACCUCCACUGUUAACAGUGCUGUGGAGGCUGCUCAGGGAGCCAAGGAGCUGGUGACCACCAAGGUGACAGAGGCCGUGGAUGUCACCAAACACAUGGUGGAGGACAGUGUGGACAGGACCAAGUCUGCAGUUGCUUCCACCAUUGUCAGCGCUGUGGAGGCUGCCCAAGGUGCCAAGGAGCUGGUGACCAACAAGGUGACAGAGGCCGUGGACCUCAGUAAGCACAUGGUGGAGGACAGUGUGGACAGGACCAAGUCUGCAGUUGCUUCCACCAUCAGUGCAGCUGUAGGGGCUGCCCAGGGAGCCAAGGAGCUGGUGACCACCAAGGUGACAGAGGCUGUGGAUGACAUGGUGACCAGCAAGGUGACAGAGGCAGUGGAUGCCACUAAACAUGUGGUGGAGGACAGUGUGGACAGGACCAAGUCUGCAGUUGCUUCUACCAUUGUCAAUGCUGUGGAGGCUGCCCAGGGAGCCAAGGAGCUGGUGGCAGACAAGGUGACCAAGGCAGUGGACCUCAGCAAGCACAUUGUAGAAGACAGUGUGGACAUGACCAAGUCUGCAGUUGCUUCCACUAUUGUCAAUGCUGUGGAGGCUGCCCAGGGAGCCAAGGACCUGGUGGCCAACAAGGUGACAGAGGCCGUGGAUGUCACCAAACACAUGGUGGAGGACAGUGUGGACAGGACCAAGUCUGCAGUUGCUUCCACCAUCAGUGCAGCUGUAGGGGCUGCCCAAGGUGCCAAGGAGCUGGUGACCAACAAGGUGACCGAGGCAGUGGACCUGACCAAAGGGGCUGUUCAAGAUAGUGUUGAGAAGACCAAAUCUGUGGUCACCUCUACCGUCAGUACAGCUCUGGAUGCUGCCUAUGGCACCAUCUCGAGCAAGAUAAGCACAGCCCUGGAGCAGAGCAGGGAGGCCCUCCAGGGCAGCGUGGAGAUGACCAACUCAGUGGUGACCAACAGCAUAAGCAAGGCCAAGGCAGUGAGCCAGGCAGUGGCUGGUGGUGUGGAAUCUGUCCUGGGGAUGUCAGAAGAUCUGGUGGAUCACUUCCUCCCGAUGACAGAGGAGGAAUUAGGUAAAAAACUACUUACUUGGCGGCUCUAAAUGCAAAUCCUUUCCCGCGUGACUAGAGAGCACCUGACACAGCAAGACUCAGCUUCUGAAGCAGACAGGUAGCUCUGAAUUUGCCAACAUCAAAUUGCCACGUGGUAUAGGACAGAGUUCAAGCAUUUAUUGAUCCUUGA